CAACUUAACCGAAUCCAACAAACAGCAAGAAGCCCCACGAAGAAGCCAAUCUCGACCUCCACCUCGCUCGCCAACCUCAUCUGAUGAGAUGCUAUGCUCCCCUCCUCGGGUUGACUCCCCAAUUGGGGAGCUAUAAGAAUGGUCACUGGUAGGAUGCUUAGAGUCCAACCAGUUCCAUCGAACUCUCUCUCCCUCUCUCCCUCUCUUGCCGCGGCAGCCACAGCGAGGUGGCCCGGCCCAGUGUGCUUGGAUUCUUAGAUUUAUACGCACGGGGAGCGCCGAGCCGAGCAAGAUGUCGCGGUUCGUCGACAAGCUGCCGUUCUUCGACCGGAGGGCGUCGCCGAUGGAGGAAGCCGACGAUAUCCCGCGCAGCGGCCUCCUCCACCUGCACGGCGGCCACCACCACUACCAGCACCACCAUCAGCCGCAGACCGCAUUGAUGGCGCCCGAGCCGUCCCCGCCCACCACCAAGCAGUCCUCCUCCACUCUGGCGCAGCUCCUCAAGCGCGUCAACGAGGCGCGCAGCGACGCCUCGUCGCCCAACUCGUCCCCGUCCCACUACACCAUCGAGCUUGGAGGCUCCAUGCCGGGGUCCAUCGGCAGUGAGAGCGAGCACGCCAGCCUUACCGGUGUCGGUGUCGGCGACGGCACGCUGCUGCCGUUCGUGCUCAAGUUCACCGACCUCACGUACAGCGUGAAGCAGAGGAAGAAGGGCCCCUGCCUGCCCGCGCUGCCGUUCCGUCGCGGGGAUGCCGAGCCCGAGGCGCCACGGAUGAAGACGCUGCUGGACAACAUCUCCGGGGAGGCCCGGGAGGGCGAGAUCAUGGCGGUGCUCGGUGCCAGCGGGUCCGGCAAGAGCACGCUCAUCGACGCGCUCGCCAACCGCAUCAGAAAGGAGAGCCUCCACGGCUCCGUCACGCUCAACGGCGAGUCCAUGGACAACAACCUGCUCAAGGUCAUCUCGGCGUACGUGAUGCAGGACGACCUCCUGUACCCGAUGCUCACCGUGGAGGAGACGCUCAUGUUCUCCGCCGAGUUCCGCCUGCCGCGCUCCCUCCCCACCAAAGAGAAGAAGAAGCGGGUGCAGGCGCUCAUCGACCAGCUCGGCCUGCGCAACGCGGCCAACACCAUCAUCGGCGACGAGGGACACCGUGGCGUGUCGGGCGGCGAGCGCCGGCGCGUGUCCAUUGGAGUGGACAUCAUCCACGACCCCAUCGUGCUGUUCCUCGAUGAGCCCACCUCCGGACUUGACUCCACCAGUGCCUUCAUGGUGGUGAAGGUGCUGCAGCGCAUCGCCCAGAGCGGCAGCGUCGUGGUCAUGUCCAUCCACCAGCCGAGCUACCGCAUCCUCGGUCUCCUCGACCGCCUCCUGUUCCUGUCCCGUGGCCAGACUGUGUACUACGGUCCUCCCGGCGCGCUGUCGUCCUUCUUCUCGGACUUCGGCAAGCCCAUCCAUGACAACGAGAACCCGACGGAGUUCGCGCUCGACCUCGUCAGGGAGCUCGAGGCCAUGCCGAACGGGGCAUGCGACCUCAUCGAGCACAACAAGUCAUGGCAGAAGCGCAUGGGCCCGAAGAUGAAACACGCCGACGACGGGAAUGGCGGGAAGCCAUCGCUCUCCCUGCAGGAGGCCAUCAGCGCCAGCAUCUCUCGCGGGAAGCUCGUGUCCGGCGCGACCGACGGCAAUGUCACGGUGCCCUCGCCAUCGUCCGCCCCGGCGUCCGCGGUGGCCAAGUUCGCGAACCCGUUCUGGAUCGAGAUGGGUGUGCUGACCCGUCGCGCGUUCCUCAACACGAAGCGCACGCCGGAGAUCUUCGUCAUCCGCCUGGGCGCGGUGCUCAUCACGGGGUUCAUCCUGGCGACCAUCUUCUGGCGCCUUGACGACUCGCCCAAGGGCGUGGAGGAGCGCCUGGGCUUCUUCGCCAUCGCCAUGUCCACCAUGUUCUACACUUGCUCCGACGCGCUGCCCGUGUUCCUCAACGAGCGCUACAUUUUCCUCCGCGAGACGGCCUACAACGCGUACCGGCGGUCCUCGUACGUGCUCUCCCACACCAUCGUCGGCUUCCCCUCGCUCAUCGUCCUGUCCCUGGCCUUCGCGGUGACCACAUUCUUCGCCGUGGGGCUGGCCGGGGGCGCCCAGGGGUUCUUCUUCUUCGUGGCCAUCGUUCUAGCCUCUUUCUGGGCCGGGAGCGGGUUCGCGACAUUCCUGUCCGGCGUGGUGACCAACGUGCAGCUGGGGUUCCCCGUGGUGGUGUCGACGCUGGCCUACUUCCUGCUCUUCAGCGGCUUCUUCAUCAACCGGGACAGGAUCCCCAAGUACUGGCUGUGGUUCCACUACGCGUCGCUGGUCAAGUACCCGUACGAGGCUGUGAUGAUCAACGAGUUCAGCGACCCCGGGCGGUGCUUCGUGCGCGGGGUGCAGAUGUUCGACAACACGCCGCUGUCCGUCCUGCCGGCGGCGAUCAAGGUGCGGGUGCUGAGGGCCAUGAGCUCGUCCCUCGGCAUCAACAUCGGCACGGCGACGUGCAUCACCACGGGGCCGGACUUCCUGAAGCAGCAGGCCGUCACCGACCUCACCAAGUGGGACUGCCUCUGGAUCACCGUCGCGUGGGGCUUCCUCUUCCGCAUCCUCUUCUACGUCUCCCUGCUGCUCGGGAGCAGGAACAAGAGGAGGUAGAGCGCGUGAUCCAGCGUCGAGGCGAGGCGAGCGUGAUUCUUCCAUCGGAUCAUCUUCUUGGAUCCCUCGGCUUUACUGGCACGAGCAAUUGUGGGGCUGUCUCUCAGUCUUCUGUAAUUUUUUCCUUGUUCAUUCUUUUUUUUUCGAUUUUUUACUUGACUGCAUGUGAUUAAGACGGGGAGGGAGAUGUUUGCUGCGUGUAAAUUUGCUUCCAAGUUGUAACGAUAUCAUGACAAGUUGAAAGUUGAAACUGUAGCCCGACAAUAUGGUUUUCCCGCCA